AUGGCUGGGAGCAGAAACACCACAACUGUGACUGUAUUCAUCCUCCUGGGCUUUUCAGAUCAUCCCAAAAUACAAAUUGCCCUCUUUGUGGUAUUCCUGGGGAUCUACUUCACGACCCUGACCUGGAAUCUGGGUCUCAUUGCACUGAUCCGAAUGGAUUCCCACCUCCAUACACCUAUGUAUUUUUUCCUCAGCAACCUCUCUUUUGUAGAUAUCUGCUACAGUUCUUCUACCACUCCAAAGAUGCUGGCAGACACCAUUGCAAAUCAGAAAUCCAUUUCUUUCCUGGGUUGCGCUGUUCAAUAUUUUGUUUUUUGUGGCAUGGGGCUGACUGAAUGCUUCCUCCUGGCUGCUAUGGCAUAUGACCGCUAUGCUGCUGUGUGCAACCCACUGCUCUACACAGCCAUCAUGUCUCACACACUCUGUGUCAAGAUGGUGGGAGGAGCUUUUAUAGGUGGGUUCGUUAGCUCUCUGAUUGAAACUUACUCUAUCUACAGUCAUCAGUUCUGUGGGCCUAACAUUAUCAAUCAUUUCUUCUGUGACCUCCCUCCUGUCCUGGCCUUAUCCUGUUCUGACACCUUUUUAAGUCAGAUAGUGAACUUUCUCAUAGGGGUCAUCGUGGGCAUAAUGUCCGUCCUCGUGGUCCUCAUCUCUUAUGGUUAUAUUGUUGCUGCUGUCCUGAAGAUCAGCUCCACCAAGGGCAGGUCUAAGGCCUUCAGUACUUGUGCAUCUCACCUGACUGCUGUGACACUCUUCUAUGGUUCUGGCCUCUUCAUGUAUAUGCGUCCUCAAUCCAGCUAUGCCCUGAGUAGAGACAAGAUGGUGUCAGUGUUCUACGCAGUGGUGAUCCCUAUGGUGAAUCCCAUGAUCUAUAGCCUCCGAAACAAGGAGAUUAAAAAUGCCAUGAAGAAGGUGAUUGGGAGCAAGUGUAUAAUUUCUCACCACCUCACUUACUUUUGA